GAACCAGAGAAAAACCUCAACAAUGGCGUCAAUCCUCUCAAAGAAGCAGAAGAAGAAAGAAAAAUACACAUUGAAAGAGCUCAAAUCACUAGGUCAUGACUUACUCACUUCUCGAUCCCACAUCAAUAACCUUCCUCUCCUUCUCACCUUCGUCUCACCAGAAUCUCCGCCGGAGUUCGUCGUCGAAUCUCUCCUCUCACUCCAAUCCUUUUUCACUCCUCUUCUCUCUCAGCUUCCUUCGACUUCUUCAUCUCCUUCUUCAACCAAAGACGAUGACCCUGAAGUUGUGUUCAAAGCUUGGCUCAGAUCAAAAUUUGACGAAUUCGUCAAGCUUUUACUCGAUGUUCUCGUCUCUCAACAAUCAGAAGAUUCUCUAAGGGGAAUUGUGUUGGGGACAUUAAUGGAAUUUGUAAAGCUUUUGAAUGUUGGAAGGUUUCAUUCUUCAAUCUACCACAGAUUACUUCAUGCUAUUAUUCACUCUGAAGUUGAUAUUGAGAUAUUCUUGGAUAUACUUACCUCAAAGUACUUCAAGUACAUUGAUGUCCGCUAUUUUACCUACAUCAGCAUGGAAAAGUUUGUGAAAACAUUGGAAGAAUCAGUGUCUGCUGAUAGAACGGCAAGAGAAAAUAGUGAGGCUGAGAGUGAUUCAAAAGAAAGCCUAGAACUCUCUGUUCGUAAGAUCUAUCAAGUUUUAUCUCAAAUUCCACCUCCUGAGAAACUAGCUGAAAAGUCUCACCAUGAGAUGUGGAGUGGGUCAGACGAAAGUAGUAGUGCGAAUCCGACAGAUAAAAAGAAGAAAACUGAGGAACGAGACAGCACUCUCCUUUCUCCGACUACAAUUAGCAAGAGGAUGAAGUUGAAGUUCACUAAAGCAUGGAUUUCAUUUCUCAGACUGCCUCUUCCUCUUGAUGUUUACAAGGAGGUGCUUGCUAGUAUCCACCAGACAGUCAUUCCCCAUCUAUCUAAUCCUACAAUGUUAUGCGACUUCUUAACAAAAUCAUAUGACAUUGGGGGAGUUGUCAGUGUGAUGGCUCUUAGCAGUCUCUUCAUCCUCAUGACCCAACAUGGUUUGGAGUAUCCGAACUUUUAUGAAAAACUGUAUGCAUUACUGGUUCCUUCUGUCUUUGUGGCAAAGCACCGAGCAAAAUUUCUUCAGCUUCUUGAUGCUUGCCUGAAGUCGUCAAUGCUUCCAGCAUAUCUGGCAGCUUCAUUCACAAAGAAACUAAGCAGAUUGUCACUUUCCAUUCCUCCCGCGGGAUCGUUGGUCAUAACGGCUUUGAUCUACAACCUUUUACGAAGACAUCCUACAAUCAACCAUCUUGUGCAGGAAACCGUUGAAAGCGCCAAUGAAGCCAACACAGAUGCUGGUGAACACAAUGAGAGCCAACCAAAGACCAUCAAAAAGCGAAAGCUUGGUAUUGACUAUUUUAACAACCAGGAGAGUGAUCCCAAGAAAUCUGGAGCCUUAAAAAGUUCUCUUUGGGAAAUCGACACUUUGCGCCAUCAUUACUGCCCACCAGUUUCAAGGUUUAUCUCAUCUCUAGAAACUAAUCUAACCAUCAGAUCAAAAACCACUGAAAUGAAAAUUGAAGAUUUUAGCUCUGGUUCAUAUGCCACCAUAUUUGGAGACGAGAUUCGUAGAAGGGUAAAGCAAGUUCCUUUAGCGUUCUACAAAACGGUUCCAACAUCUCUGUUUGCAGAUUCAGAUUUUCCGGGGUGGACAUUCACCAUUCCACAAGAGGAAGGCACAUGCUGAUUUCAAAGAGUAACCAACUCAUGAACUAAAAAAACUGCAGGUUAUUU